ACUGCUCGGAGCUGCAGAAUGAGGUACUCUCUGGCUUGGUCCUUCUGUGUUUUUCUGCUCUCUGUGGCAGAUGCCAUUGAGCUGACAGAUAUGUUUGGAGAGAUCCAGUCCCCAAACUUCCCGGAUUCCUAUCCCAGUGACUCGGAAAUGACAUGGAAUAUUUCUGUGCCCGAUGGAUUUAAAAUCAAGCUCUACUUCAUGCAUUUUGACUUGGAGUCAUCUUACCUCUGUGAAUACGACUAUGUAAAGAUUGAAGCUGAAGACCAAGAGCUGGCAACUUUCUGCGGCAGGGAGACAACAGACACAGAGCAGGCCCCUGGACAGCAAGUGAUCCUGUCUCCAGGUCCUUACAUGGGGCUCACUUUCAGAUCUGACUUCUCCAACGAGGAACGCUUCACUGGCUUUGAUGCCCAUUACACAGCCGUGGAUGUGGACGAAUGCCUGGAGAAAAGCGAUGAGGAACUGGCAUGCGACCACUACUGCCACAACUACAUCGGAGGGUACUACUGCUCCUGCAGGUUUGGCUACAUCCUCCACUCUGACAACAGGACCUGCAAAGUGGAGUGCAGUGACAACCUCUUCACCCAGAGGAGUGGGGUGGUCACCAGCGCGGACUUCCCCAGCCCCUACCCAAAAAGCUCGGACUGCUUGUACCGCAUCGAGCUGGAGGAAGGCUUCUUCAUCACCCUGAGCUUUGAGGACAGCUUUGAUGUGGAAGACCACCCCGAGGUUACCUGUCCCUAUGAUUUUAUCAAGAUCAAAGCUGGACAUAGGGAGUUUGGCCCUUUCUGUGGAGAGAAAUCACCGGGAAUCAUUGAAACUCAAACCAACAGUGUGCAGAUUCUCUUCCACAGUGACAAUUCAGGGGAGAACAGAGGCUGGAAGCUGUCCUACACAGCAAUCGGGAACCCAUGCCCACUGGUGCAACCACCAAUCAAUGGCAAAAUCGAGCCUUCUCAAGCCAAGUACACCUUCAAAGACCAAGUUGUCAUCAGCUGCAAUACUGGAUACAAAGUACUGAAGGAUAACCUAGAAAGUGACUCCUUCCAGAUUGAGUGUCAAAAGGACGGGACAUGGAGUAACAAGAUCCCUAUCUGCAAAAGUAAGGACACCCUUCCCCACCCUUUCAAUGCCCUUUUUAUGCUGAAAUCAUUCCCUGCUAACUGCAGCUGCCCAGCCAGA